AUGGCUAUCCUUCUCCAUGCUUCUCCUCCUCCUCCGAUGACUAUCGUCUUCUCCAACUCAUCUUAUUCGCGGUUAAACCUACGAAGUCACGAUUUCAGGCGGCGUGUUCGUUGCCGUAUCUCUGAUUCCUCAGAGGUAAAAUUAGUUGAUGGUGCUUCGAAGUUGGAGUACAAGCCAGGGGUUCUCGACGAUUUCUUCAUGCGUUCGUUCCGGAACAAACUGAUAGAGGAAGUCGGGUCGGAUUCAGAGAAACCCGGGUACACUGGGCUUAUUGAGCUGGUGAAGCUUCUCAUGCUGAAGAAUCGAACUAGGUCGGCGACAAGUGAUGCAGCGGUGCGAAUACUAAAAUCGUUGUUUCCUCCACUCAUUUUAGAGCUUUAUAAGCUUCUUAUUUCUCCUUUAGCACAAGGCAAAAUAGCUGCGUUGAUGGUUGCAAGAGUUACAGUACUUACAUGUCAAUGGCUCAUGGGACCUUGCAAAGUAAAUGUUAUUGAUCUUCCAAAUGGAGAAUCUUGGGAUAGCGGGGUUUUCGUGGAGAAAUGUCAGUAUCUAGAAGAGAGCAAAUGUGUGGGAGUAUGCAUCAAUACUUGUAAACUACCAACUCAGACAUUCUUUAAAGACUACAUGGGAGUUCCUUUGUUGAUGGAACCAAACUUCAAAGAUUAUAGUUGCCAGUUUAAAUUUGGGGUAGCUCCACCGGAGGACGAUGGCAAUGUUAAUGAGCCGUGUCUUGAGGCAUGCUCAAUCGCUGGCCGCCGGAAAAUAGCUUCCGGAGAGUGUCCUAUGGCGUGA